AAUUAGGCAAAAAUGAAACAGUUCUGCCGCACCUGCGGCAAGACCAUCGUGGCCCAUCGGUGUAUCCAGAUCUUCUCACCCGAAGGCAGAAAACUGCUGCAGUGCGUGCGCUCCAUAACGAACUGCUGGCUGCAGAAUUCUCAAGAUUUGCCCAACCACAUGUGCCCGGAUUGCCAGAUGCUACUUAAGCAGGUCCAAAAAUUCCGACGGCGUUGUGCCAAGAUCGAGAAAUACUUUAAUAGACGGCGGAGCCGGAUGAAUCUGGGCGAGGCACCAGCAGCAGUUGCGCUUCAGCUUCCAGUCCAGCAAACAGUUGCCCCGGAUCCACUGGGAAUCGACGAGUUAAUGGCAGCCAGUGAAAUCAAAUUGGAACCCAGUCAGGUGCAAGUGGAGCAGGAAACCGAAUCUUUGUAUGCAGUGAAUCAACUCGAAGUAGGAACCAGCUACGAGGAAUCGCCGAGUGAGGAUUUCUUGCCUCUACCCGAAGAUUAUGGAGAAGCACAGACUGAAAUAGUAGCCACUACCACCAACAAGCCAGAACAGGCAAGAAUAAAGACCAAAAUCAAGUCCAGUAAGCACACAAUGCGCAUGGGCAGAAAGCUAAUCCACGUAAAGGUCAUAGACGACAAGCAACCGAAGCGAAUUGUGGACCGAAAUGGACAGAACGCAAAGCCCUGCAUCUGCGAGCACUGCGGUAGGCAAUUCAAGGACACCAGCAAUCUCAACGUUCACCUUCUCCGGCACACAGGGACGAAGCCUUUUGAGUGCGAGCAGUGCCACCAGAAAUGCUAUACCCUCCAUUUGCUCCGUCGGCACCAGCUCAAGCACACGGAGGGGCCGUACGCCUGCACAUUCUGCGGCUUGGAAUACAGCACGAAUAGCUCUCGAGUUAGACAUGAAAGAGAGGCUUGUAAAAAGGGCCGAGCGCCGCAGUCCAAGUGGGAGAUCAUCAAAAAAGGCGAACGCACUUUCCAUUGCGAAGUAUGCGAUCUCUGGUUCCUGCGCGCUGGAAACUUCACUCAGCACAUCAACUCCUCCAGUCACAUCGAAAACGAACGUAGAAAAAAACGCAAAACAAAAUCAGUGCAACCUUCCGCCAUAAAUACAUGA